AUGGCAUCCUCUUCUCCAACCCCUCGACAUGGAACCCACGGUUGGCGAUUCUGGGCCGUGUUCCCAGGACUUUGCUUCUCCAUCUUGCUCGCAGGACUCGAUACUUCAGUUGUAGCCAUGGCUUUACCCAUAAUCGCGGCAGACCUCAAAGCCGGGGCCCUGUACAUCUGGGCCAUCAAUGGAUACUUCCUCACAACGGCAGCGAUGCAGCCACUCUUCGGUCAAGCCUCGGACAUUUUUGGCCGUCGUCUCCCCAUGUUGCUGUCCAUCGCCCUCUUCACCCUCGGUAGCGGCCUGUGCGGUGGCGCGAAGAACACGCCCAUGCUGAUUGCUGCUCGCAUGAUCCAAGGCAUGGGAGGAGGUGGCCUAUUCGUCAUGGUCGACAUCAUUGUAGCCGAACUUGUGCCGCUGCGCGAUCGCCAGCUCUAUAUGUCGAUUGUCAUGGGCACUUUCGCCAUGGGAACAUUCAUCGGUCCUAUAAUUGGAGGUGUCAUUGUCACUGAAACAUCCUGGAGAUGGAUCUUCUACAUCACUUUCCCAUUGGCGCCGCCGCCUUGA